AGAGCGGCGGGGAGAAGGAAUUUGGGUCUCGGCGGCCGCCGUAGGAGCGGCGCUCGGAUCUCCAUGGCAACGGCCUGAGGCCGCGGGAGCUUCUGGGCGGUGCAGCCGCCGCGGCCGAUUGGACGAGAGUGGCGCGGAAUCCGCGAACUGCCCGCGGCCCCGAGGGUGCAGCUCCUGGACUGACUGGCGCCGUCCUGACCCAUGGACGCCUCCUCUAGUCCGUGGAAUCCAGCCCCGGCUCCCGUCAGCAGUCCUUCCCUGCUGCUCCCCAUCCCUGCCAUCGUGUUCAUUGCUGUGGGGACCUAUUUGUUGCUGCUCGGCGCGGUGCUGCUGGCUAGGCACUGCCUGCUGGCCCAGGGCUGCUGCACAGACUGCAGCUCGCCCUGCAAGAAGCAAGGCGCCUCCAGGCCCCAGGACUGUUGCUGGACCUGUGCCGAAGCCUGCGACUUCCCUCUGCCUAGCCCAGCCCACUGCCUGGAUGCCUGCUGCCCCCAGCCCACCGAAGCUGAUUGGGCCCCUCGCUGCCCCCGCUGCUGCCCACUUUGUGACUGUGCCUGCGCGUGCCAACUUCCUGACUGCCAGAGCCUCAACUGUCUCUGCUUUGAGAUCAAGCUCCGAUGAGGACCCAGAGUCCUUGCCCCUUGGGGAGUGGCCAGCCGCCAGGGCCCACAUGCCUCAUUUCCUGACCUGCCUCCAGGCACCUUUCUCCAGGCCACUGGAACCACAAAUGGCCUGCCUAGCUCUUCAGCCUCUGAACCAGCCCUGGAGAGCCUGGCUCCCUGCAGAGCAGGACUCAGAGAGCCCUUGGCCAUUUGGACUGCAGCCCUUUAGGAGGGCCAGGAGGGAGAGGGGCUAGCGCUCUGGCAGGUGACCCUGCCCGCCUCUCCACAUAAACUAUUAUAAUCGAAGGUGAGAGUGGGAGACACUGCUGGCCACAGAGCUCCUCAUGGGUCAAACCUGAGCCUUGAGUAUCAGGAUAUAGGGGUACCCCAGCCACACCUUGUCUACGGAAUCUUGGUUAUCUUCAGAUUCCUGUGCAAAGACUGAUUUCUCUUAACAACCUUUGAGGGCCUCGGGCUGGAUUUCCAAGGAAAUUUCCUCUGAAGUACCGGUGAGCGCCAGCGGGACGCAGCAGGGGUGGAGUGGGGCCUAAGGGGUCCGGAUGAGGAGAGGAGGCCUGGCCGGUAGGAUGAGGGGCUCGGAAUGUAUUUAGGGGCUGGGCACCUAGGGGAAAAUUGGACUUAGAGGGGCAAGUCACGGCCCAGGGAGACGUUUUCGCGAGGACUCCGGCGCCGCAUCCCCAGACUCGCUGGGGUGGACGGUGGCCGCUGCAGGCCGGUCCGCGCCGGCGGCGGGCGGAGGGGCGGAGAGCGCUUGCGCACGCGCGGCGAGGCUGGCCCUCCGGGCCCCGAACGGGACGGGCGCGGCCCGGGCGCCGACACCCGCACGGGCGGGCCGUCCGGAACCGCUGCCCCGCCGCCCUCUCGUGCUCCUCCCGGGGCAGCCGCUCUUCCGCGUGGGCUGGUGGCCCGGGGAGGGGUGGCCCCGCGCCCCCGAGCCGGCAGGUUCGCAGGCCGGUAGACGCCCGACCUCCGGGCCCGCCACGGCAUGACACACGCGGCCGUCAGCGCAGGCCGGAAGCUGGGGCUGCCCCGGGCCGCCGCGCUGGGCCUGGGCGGGGAGGCUGAGCCUCCCUCUUUUCAGGCUCUUGCGCCCGUUUCCCCCCUCCCCAUCUCCUCCGGUGCCCCAAAUCGGCUGAGUCACGGCGCCCCAGAACGCGCCAACUGGGGGGAAAAGAGAGAGGGAGGGGAGGGCCCCGGCGACCCGCGGGAUGUGGCCCGAGUCACGUCCUAGGGGG